GUUUACACUGCUUAAACAAAUAGGCCUACUAUGAUCGCCGAUGAGGCCCAGAAGGCGACUACAAAUCCAGUUUCGGCUCCGUCUUCUCUACACGCGUGCGCCACCGUCUCCGUCGACGAACCGGAGAGAGAGAUGGCGGACAAUCUAUUCUCAGGGCUGCCACCUCCUUCUUCAUCUCAGCAGCAAGAGCUACCAAUUUCUUCAAAACCAGACGAGUCAAAGAUUGAAACUUCCUCUCCAGCUCCAACUCUGGUUCUCAAGAGUGCCCUAAAGCGAUCCAAACCAGAAGAAUCUGCACCCAAUGUUUCAGCUCCUCCUGUUCUCAAGAGCGCACUAAAGAGAUCAAAACCAUCAGAAUCUACACCGGAACCAGUACCAGAACCGGAAGCUCCUAAAAAGCGUCUACAGUUUAAGACAUCAACCGAUGCAUCAGAAGAACAAGUGAUUGAAGCGAUGCAGAAGAUAACAUCUCACAUCAAGAACCCUUCCAAGUUCUCCAAAGCCUCAAAGCUUGCUAUACGGCUGAUCCAAGCUGGUAGUGUGAAGCCAGAAACAAGCAGCUACUUCAUUGCGAUGCUUGAGGCUGCCAUGUCGUCAAAAACUCCUUGUACAGAUCGCUUGGUUCGAGCAGACUAUCAUGCAUUGUUCUCGGCAGCUCAGGAUGUCGCCGAGUGCCUUGAUAAAGGCCAGAAGAAUCUGUUGACCAUAUGGACAUUCAAAGCAGUUGUGGCUAAUGACCUCUUCACUGAUGACAGCUUCGUGUUUUCCAAGACUGCUACUCGAAUAAAGGAGGCUAUAUCUGAUCUUCCGGUUUCAACCGAGGAGGAUGAUGUGGAAGAAGCAGCUGCUCUUGAAGAAGCGGCGGUGAAGGAAAAUGGAGAUGGCCAGACAACGCAGGACGUAGCUGAAGCUGCUUCAGCUGGAAAUAAUGAGGAUGUCGAGUCUGAUCCCUUUGGGCUCGAUGCCUGGAUUCCCAGUUCUGGAAAGAAAAAUGGUAAAACAAAGAUAAAGAGAACAAAUGAAGAUACAGACGCUGAAGAGAAUAAGAGGUUUCUCAGGUCAAAAAGAGAAGCUUUGAUUACAUGCUUAGAGAUUGCUGCACGCCGUUACAAAGUUCCAUGGUGCCAAACUGUUAUAGACAUAUUGGUGAAACAUGCCUUUGAGAACGUGUCAAGGUUCACAUCACAGCAGAGACAAGCAGUGGAGAAACUCUGGGCUUCUGUUCGAGAACAACAUCUCCGUAGGAAGCAAGGCAAAUCAGUUACAGGAAAACUCGACGUGACAGCUUUUGAAUCGCUUCAGGAUAAAUACGCCAAUGAGAAAAUGAGCAUCCGGAGCUCAGUUGGAGCCAGCGGUGAACGCCGUGCACAGCAAUGGCUCGGUUAAUAUAACAUUUACCAAAAAAAGUGUGAUUGGUAGGAUUUUUUCACUAAGACAGGAACUAGAAAGCAAAUAGAUAAAAUCUUGCUCUGUUUCUGAUUGUAUCUUAGAACAAAAAGUUUCCACCUUU